UCGUAGAAGUAGACGGGUUGUAUUUUUUUUUGGGACUAGUGUGGUCCGAUGCUAUUGACUUUAUGCCUGGACGCCUACAUUUCAGCUUCCCUCCAGUGAACGGCAUAGGAUAUACAAUGUCCUAUUAGAGGCGAGGAUAAAAGUAGUAUUUUAUUACGCUGCAACUUUUGACAACACGGCCAAGGUGCCACAUUGAAAGUAAAUACUUCCAUCUAUUACCCCCAGUCUGAUGAUGGAGCAACUUCAGAACCACCAAGAAAGCAGCUUCGAUGGUGAUUUGACCACUGGAGGGAUUUGCUUCAGUUGUGAACAGAUCUUUUCUACUCAGCAAUUUUUGGAGGAACACGUGUGCCCUUUUACGAGUCACAUCUGCACUUGUGGAACUGAGUUUGCCGCGUACGAAGACAUGCUCUCUCACAACGUCACACACGAACCGGGACAACAGGUGCUGCAUCACGAAACGAUAAAGAAGCGCCGAUUUGAAAAGCACAUAGAAGAAGAGGAGCAGCUGAAACGCUUCAAGUCGGGUGAAGUUGUCUGGAAGGCGGAAGGUGCUUCUAUGUGGGCAAAACAGUCUCCCUCGGCAUCAGCUUAUAAGACUUCUAUUUCGAAACAGACGUCCACGGCCUCAUCUAACGCAGGCCAAGGUGGCUUAAACAUGAAGAGUACGUUUUCUAGUGUGGGCGCGCCAACAGUAGAUCUUUGGACAAUUUACCAGCCCGUGGUGUUGGUGAAAACGAUCCGUAAGUGGAACCAGUGGAAGCCGUACACUUGCGGUAAAUGCGGGGAAAGUUUUAUCACCAAGCGCACGUUGAUUUCACACACUAAUACUCACAUUGCUGACAAAAUCUCUGGCUGCAUCGGAUGUGGGCUGCUGCUUUCCAGCCGAAAGUUCGUGCCUCGCUUCCACACAUGUAACUUCCCCAGCACCACAGCCAAACUCAAACUCAUCACAGCCAGACCACUCAAUUUCAAGCGUCCCAUCACAGAAAUAGACCUGACUCAGAGCCCGCUUAAGUCUUCCAAUGCGGACAACCAAAAGAGUCAGAUGCUUCAAGUCACCUCGGCCUUGCAGUUGAAAAAUCUAAACGUGCGAACGUACGGCAAAGUUGCUCAGGGAGUUCGCACCAUGCCUACCCAGCAGUUCAAACAUGACAAUUCCACACUGAACGCCCCGCAGAAAAGCAGCUGGAAGCAUUCGCCCUCACCCGUGACCAAGAGCAUACACCUGAUCCAACCCGUGGAGACGUCCGCCAGGGGAGCCGACUUCACGUGUCGAGUGUGCCACGUCGUCUUUGAGAGCACUCAGAUGUUACAGAGGCACAAAUGUCCCAAAGCCGACGAGUUUUUGGCCAAACACGGCCGCAUCGGGAAGAUGAUCAAUCCCAGACAGGAUGUGGUGGUACCCAAGCCCCCUGUGACUCGGGUGAACGGUGAGAGAAGUCACAAGUUCUCAGCGGACGCCAAGAAACAAGUCCCUACCGACGAAGAGCAAGGCGCGGAAAAUGUGGUUACAGCUGACGAUAUGGAAGAUGAUUGUUACAUUGUGGAAACCGGACAAGAAAAAACAUCUGAAAUGAUCUACCAGGUCACUUCGUCUGUCCCCAUCAAAACUUGACCAGUUUGCACAUCGUCUGUUUAUGUUCAUUCCAAAGGAGUAACGUUUCCUGACAUCUUCUGUACUUUGAAAAUUCAUGUAUGUGCGGUUACCUGUUUAGAUUUGAUAGAAUUAAAUAUGAAUUUGAAUUUGGCUGCAUCCUUUGUGUCGGGACAGAACAUCUGAAUGCUCCAAGUGUUUCUAUUUGGACAUUAGUGUUUGAUUAUGAAGUCAACCAAUAAUGUAAAGAUGAGAUGUAUUCUACUUUUUUUUUUUCUAAAUACAGUUUAGUGUGACCUAAAUGUGUUGGGCUUUAAGUUUCACUCCCGUGACCAUAUUCCUUUGGUUCAUUUUAAGUGAACGUUGUGUAUUAUUAAAAUGUAUCUUUAAAUUCUGA